CGUAGAGCGCACCGUCUCAGAUCGUCCCGUGUCGUCUUAAAAACGUGAUAAUAAUAUUAUUACUGUCAUUGUCGUCGGUCGUCUCGCAGCCCCCUCGAACAAUAUUAUUAUCACUAUUGUCCAUUAUCCCCACGAGUAUACGAAACAGCCCUCGUCCGCGGGUUUAAUAAAAACAUUAAAUCAUCGAAAAUCUGCACGACGACUGCAGCAGCUGCAGCUGCAGUAGUGCGCGUUUGUCGGCAGCGAUUUCUAUUCGCUGCAGCAGCUACCGCGUAUCCGUUUGCGGUACCUACCUAAUCGCAUUAUACACCUACCGUGGUAUACGCGGGCUGUCGCCGGUUCGCUUGUCGUCGUCGCUGUACACCGCACAGCGACCAUAAUAAUAAUAAUAAUAAUAAUAUUAUCAUUAUCGUAACGUCGUCGAGGUCUCUCGCCAAUAUUAUUGUUAUUUUUGGCAAUAUAGAAUUAGUUACCCAUAUAGCUCGUGAUAACUGAUAACUGAUAAAAAUAAUAACAAUAAUAUUGCGGUCCAAGACAGGCGGUCAGCGGCCUCCCCGACAGAUCUCGCGCGGAUUACACGGCCGUCACUGCGACGCGAGUAGCAGCAGCGGCAGCAGCAGGUCUCAUGCCUCGUCAGUCGGCCGCACUCAACGCGUUCGACAUGCGCUCCUCGACAGACGUCUUCCACUCGCCCACUACAAUGGAAAAGUGUGUGUGGAACGUAAAGAACAGACCUUUGGUAUUUCUGUUAAUAUUAUUGUUGGUCGUCUCGGUAAUCGGAGCGUUGAUUUACUUCACCACAGACAUAUUCAAUAAACCUCAAGCACUGAAAUUCGAUCCGUUAGAGUUUCAACGACUUCUCAGCGCCGACUACGAACCUAAUCUUUUCAACGGGACAUGGGUCCAAGGCGACGAAAUAUUGAUGAAAGACGACAAAGGAGAUAUUGUACUGUUCAAUGUGAAGAAUUUGAGCACGACAUUCUUAGCAAAUGCUACCACAAAAAAUGUCGCAAAUGCCUUCCAAUACGAUCUCUCUGCCGACAAGCAAUACCUCCUUUUGGCCUAUCGCUACAAAAAGGUUUACAGGCAUUCGUUUACAGCUUUCUACGAUAUAAUCAACGUUAAGACAGGAGAACAAUUCACUUUGACAGACGAGAACUCAGGGAAUCCGUGGGAUUUGCAGUUGGUCAAGUGGUCACCCAUCGGUCACAGUUUAGCGAUCGUGGAUCAUAACAACAUAUAUUACAUACAAGACGUCAACAACCUGACGAGCACCGUACAGUUGACAUUCACUGGUGGAUCAGAAUUGUACAAUGGCAUUCCUGACUGGGUGUACGAGGAGGAGAUAUUUAGUUCGAACAGUGCCACUUGGUUUUCGAAGCUAGGGACCAGAGUGGCGUACGCAUCGUUCAACGACUCGUCGGUGCCCAUAAUGCAAAUACCCGUGUACGGUUUCCCGGGUAAUCUGGCUUACCAGUACCCAAGUAUUGUCAGUAUUCAUUACCCGAAGGUCGGCGUUCCCAACCCAAAGGUAGAAUUGUUCGUGCAACGUCUGGACGUGAUCGGUGAAAAACCCCCACCAAUACUCGUCGAGCCACCAAAAGAACUGACAUCAGUCACUAAAAAUAUUAUCCUGAAUACGGUCGUAUGGUCAGAUGAUACAAACUUAUUUGCAAUGUGGAUGAACCGAAUACAGAACAAAUCAUAUUUAGUUCAUUAUUCCGUAGUUAAUUCUGCAGAAACUAUUCAAGUAGUGACUUUCGGUCAACCCGGGGGAUGGUUGGAUUUCACUCAAAUACCAUUGGUCGGCGACGAACACCGUCUGGCUAUAAUUUAUCCCGUGAGACAGAGGAACGGAGACGAUUUCAAGCACUUGGUCGUGGUGGAACCCGAUGGAAAACUGACUGCAGUAACGAAUGGCAAAUUCGAAGUUCUCGAACUUCUGAAAUGGGACGUCCGGUCGAAUUACAUUUACUAUUUGGCCAACACAGAAGAAAAUCCCGAAGAACAGUACCUUUACCGGGUGUUGGUUAAGGAACAAAGUUCACCAGAAUGUAUGUCAUGCAAGACGGAAUGUAAAAAUCACAAAGCAGAGAUGAGUGCGGAAAUCGAUUAUUAUGCUCUCACAUGUUCUGGUCCGAACGUACCGGAAGUCAAAAUAUUCAAAACGACUGGCGAAAAAGCUUUGGACUGGGAAACGAACGAUAACCUAAAAGAUUUAAUAUCUCCUAUCACUCUUCCCCGAGUGUCGUUCAUCGACGUGCCUAUCGGUAACGAAUUCAAGGCUCGAGUACGACUAAUACUGCCGCCGGCUGUCGACGAAAGCUCAGACGUCAAGUAUCCUCUGCUGAUCAACACUUAUGCUGGCCCUGGAUCAAAUUUGGCUAUCAACAAGUUUUCGUUGGAAUGGAACAUGUUUUUUAGUUCGAGCAAAAAUGUGAUCGUCGCUCAAAUCGACGGCCGUGGGUCUGGAAGAAGGGGUAAUAGAAACACGUUUGCCAACUACCUGAAAUUGGGUACUUACGAAAUCGAAGACCAGAUAGCUGUCACGAGCUAUCUCCAGGAACGAUUCUCCUUCAUUGACAAAUCGAAAACAGCAAUUUGGGGUUGGAGUUAUGGAGGUUACACGGCUGCCAUGGCUCUGACUAAAGACGACAAAAACGUCUUCAAGUGCGGAUUGUCCGUGGCUCCCGUCACCGACUGGAUAUACUACGACUCGAUUUACACGGAACGUUACAUGGGCUUGCUUCAAGACGACACUAGUGGAUACAAGAACGCCAGUCUCUUGACACACGCCGAGAAGCUUCGUGGCAAAAAGUAUAUGGUCAUACACGGCACGUAUGACGACAACGUACAUUACCAACAGUCCAUGAUGCUCUCUUAUGAACUGGAACGAAGAGUUAUACUUUUCAGACAACAAACUUAUCCAGAUGAAUCCCACGGUCUAUUAAGCGUUCGCAAUCACGUGUAUCAAACAAUAGGUUCAUAUUUGUUGGAUUGUUUCCACGACAGGUUGUGAUCUCAAUAACUAU